AUGCAACGAACAGCUAGAAGUUUUACUGGGGAAGUUUCACUGGCUCAAAGAGAGGAAGACUGGAUGUUAGAAGAAGAUGGGGGGAUGUAUCCAACACAACAGCUAGGGAUCUCUUACCGUGAGGCUCUAAAGCCUCGUACAAAAUGGGAAAAAAAGCGAGAACAGGAAAGAGAACAAGAAGAGCAAUGGGAUGGAAAUCUGUUGAUGUUGAAUGCACAAGAGCUCAUGGAAGGAGUGACUAUUACUAACACAGAAAGGGGCCCAAGGCUUGAUUUUUUUGAAAAAGAAAGAAGGAGAAUGGAGAUGAGGUGGCAAGAUUCCCUAAUCAUCAAACUUCUAGGAGGAACUCUGGGAUUCAUGCAGCUUAGGAGAAAGGUGAAGGCCAUGUGGGGAAAGUCUGGAAAUAUCGAUCUCUCAGAUAUAGGGAAUGGCUAUAUGAUAGCCACGUUCCAAUCUCGGGAUGACUACUUUUUUGCACUCGAAGGAGGACCCUGGCUUAUAGCUAAUCACUACCUAACUGUGCAAACUUGGAAGAGAAAUUUCAAUGUGUGGAAUGAGAAGAUACAGAAGAUAGCAGCGUGGGUUCGUCUGCCAGGACUGCCAGGAGACUACUAUGAUAAGAAAUUUUUCUAUAAUCUGGGUAACAAGAUAGGCACAGCCAUCAAAGUGGAUGAAAUGACUCUCCUGAGAGCAAGAACAAUGUAUGCCCGUAUGUGUGUCGAAAUUGAUCUAAACACUCCUAUGCUACCCUCAUAUACAGUAGAUGGAAAUGAGUUGAAGAUUGAAUACUAG